CUGAUGCUGCUGCCAUUUCAUCACCUUUGCAAGCGCAGCAUCCAUCCCUCCGCUAUCCGGGCGCCUGGGCCUACCCAGCUUCGGGUUCCCAGGUCAGCGAUGCGCUCGCGGCUGAGCUAGAUCCUGCCGAGCCGCGCUCUCUGAGGCGUCGGCGGGGCGCCCCCUCCCGCCGUCCCGGGUCCGAGCCAAGGAGACCUGCAGAGCCGCGGCCAUGGAGGCCAUCUGGCUGUACCAGUUCCGGCUCAUUGUCAUCGGGGAUUCCACAGUGGGCAAGUCCUGCCUGAUCCGCCGCUUCACCGAGGGUCGCUUUGCCCAGGUUUCUGACCCCACCGUGGGGGUGGAUUUUUUCUCCCGCUUGGUGGAGAUCGAGCCGGGAAAACGCAUCAAGCUCCAGAUCUGGGAUACCGCGGGUCAAGAGAGGUUCAGAUCCAUCACUCGCGCCUACUACAGGAACUCAGUAGGUGGUCUUCUCUUAUUUGACAUUACCAACCGCAGGUCCUUCCAGAAUGUCCAUGAGUGGUUAGAAGAGACCAAAGUACACGUUCAGCCCUACCAAAUUGUAUUUGUUCUGGUGGGUCACAAGUGUGACCUGGAUACACAGAGGCAAGUGACUCGCCACGAGGCCGAGAAACUGGCUGCUGCAUACGGCAUGAAGUACAUUGAAACGUCAGCCCGAGAUGCCAUUAAUGUGGAGAAAGCCUUCACAGACCUGACAAGAGACAUAUAUGAGCUGGUUAAAAGGGGGGAGAUUACAAUCCAGGAGGGCUGGGAAGGGGUGAAGAGUGGAUUUGUACCAAAUGUGGUUCACUCUUCAGAAGAGGUUGUCAAAUCAGAGAGGAGAUGUUUGUGCUAGUCAGCUCUUUUAUUUCCAAAACAUGCUCUCCUACUUGAACUGAAAAGUAAGAGAAAUAAAUAGAAUCUUUGUGUAACUGACGAGAACUCAACCUCCAUUUGGAUACCAAGUGAGCCUCCUUCUCAGGGGGACUCUGACAGACUCAUGUGCGGGUGGAUGGGGGUGCCUGAGUGCUGUGACCAAGGGACUGAACUGUGGCCCAUGCUAGGCAGUGGCUGCUCCAUGAGCCCUUUGUGGACCACAUGUUAAGGGCCUGGGGUUUAGGAAGCUAAGUCCCAGGAAAGCAUACCUACAGACAGGACAACUAUUACUUGGUAUUUGAGCUCACUUAUAGGCCAUGAACAUAAAGAAACACAUAAAGGGGAAAAAAGUAUCACAUUGGGGACAAAGAUUAUGAGCUCUACUUAUUCCAUGAGAAUACCCUGCACCAAAGGUGUUUGCUGGGUUUGGUUAAAAGGUACCAAUUAGCUUUUAACAGCUCAUCUGUAAAAUGAGGAACAUAGACCAAAA